AUGGAAUAUAAUAGUAGUACUAGUAGUACGGAUACUAACGUCCAGUUUGAUGCUAACGGCAUCAAUAAUUCUCUUCGUGAAAAUUCAUCAGUUUUUGCGCAAUCAGAUGAUAAUGAAUAUAAGACAUCUGAGCCUGCUGACGAAGAAACACGUAAGCUUACUAAAUUGAAAAGUGAGCCAGAGCUGCAAAUAAAUGCUCCCACCACGGUUAAUACUCAACAGCAAUUGCCCAAAAGAAAACAUAUUAUGAUUAGCUAUAAUCACAAGAGCGCAUCAGUUAUUUCUCAGAAAAUUUGUGAUUGUUUAAUAGAAAGACAUUAUAAUGUAUGGUAUGAUAAGAGUGAUCUUCAUGGUAGUGUACUUGAUGGAAUGGGUGAAGCAGUUGAGAAUUCUUAUAUUGUAAUUUUAUGUAUGUCUGAUGGAUACUCUCAAAGCGAUUAUUGCAAUCGUGAAGCUAAAUAUGCAAUUGAAAGGAAAAUUCCCGUUAUUCCAUGUAUGAUGGAAGAAGCAUAUCGUCCGAGUGGUGGUCUCGGUAUCAUUAAAUCCGAUCUUAAACAUAUUGAGUUUUUUGAUGAAAAUAAAUUCGAAGAAAAAUUCGAAGAAUUAAUAAAUGAAAUCAAUACCAUUGAAGCAGGAUUAGGCAUGAGAACGGUUGCAGUUAAUGAUAUAAAUUUUCGUGAUCGCUUUAAUGUCUUUAUUGCCGAGCAUAUCGCAUUGAUUCAAAACUGUCAUCUUCGUCGAAGAAACCUUGGCGAGAGAGACUUUGGUACAGUUCUACACAGACUCAUACAAGAAUUUUGCCCUGAAACUUUGCAAUCAUUUCAGAAUCAUCAGUCUGAUAAUAUGGAUGAUAGAGAAAAACAAGAAGAUAAUGAUCAACUUUUUCAACUUCUACUAGAAAACGAUAAAAAAUUGGCAGAAUUAGCUCGUUUUCAAGAACAACAAGAACAAAAUAACGCACGUUUCACACAGCAACAUCUCAAUCAAAAUCAAUCUAUGCUAUUACUUUCCCAUAUUCAAGAAGAACAACAGCAAAAUUAUGCUUCUGUUCAACGACAAGUUUCCAUUCAAAAUGAACAAUUAGUACAACUUACACAGAGACAACAAGAACGAAAUAAUCAUAUAUCAGAACAACUUCUACAACACAUUGGACAAUUGACACAACUUGUUGUUCAACAACAGCAACAACAUGCUGGGAGUAUGGAGUCUUUGCAUGAAUUAGUUAAUCGGACAUUGGAGACAAGACCUGUUGCAGAACAACAACAGCAACAGCAACGAUAUCAUUUUGAUUUCGACCUAUUCAACAAACUAGUUCAAAGUAUCAUACUAUUCUAUACACUGAUUAUACUUUUAAAAGAUAAAUAA